AUGCUAUUGUUUAAGAUAGCUUUAGUGUUUUUCUGCUUUGUCUGUGCGUUCUGUAAGGGAGCAGUGGAGAUCGUGCACUCGAAAAUUAACGGAAGUCAGUUUGUCAUAGAAAAGCCUAGAGACGCAGAGUCGUACAUUUCCACAGCCACUUUCAUAUAUCAAGAGAGAGACCAUCCAGACUCUGAGCUGAAAGGGCUUGUUGGGAGCGUAAUAUUUGUAUUUGAUAGAAUAAUCAGAUUCGAGUACGAAAUAGGAUGCAACAGCAAGCCAAUAGGGUUGGCCAUAGAGAUAAAAAAGAGAAACAAGGAAAGGGGCGUAAUAAAGUGCCAAAUGAGCAUGAAGAGCGAAAAUGAAGGAAGUUUUAUUUUUGUAAAAGAAAUAGAAACAAGAGACUUUCUAGGGGCAGACACAGAGCAAAGAGCCUUUGCAAUAUUCUCUGUAAGAUCGAAAGCAUAG